AUUUCACCCCGUCAUUGCAUUGUUCUAUGCGCAAUAUCGGACGCCAUUUUGAAUAGACUUCGGCUUGGCGGUGUGUGCAGCUGAGCGGUGGAAUUUUACAGUGAAAAUACGUGUUAUUUUAGUCAUAUAGUUUCGAAUUUUGUGCUUUUCUAAGUGUUAAACAGAACCUAAAAUGCCGGGCGCCGGUACUUUCAAAAUCUUCGUCGGGAAUCUAUCCGAUAAAACCACGGACGCCGAUCUCAGGCCGCUGUUCGAAAAGUUCGGUACGGUCGUAGAAUGCGAUAUCGUCAGAAAUUACGGUUUCGUGCAUAUGGAAAACGAGCAAACCGGGCGCGAAGCCAUUCAGAACCUUAACGGCGAGCUAGUUCACGGACAGGCAAUCAAAAUAGAGGCGGCCAAGAGCCGCAAGGCCCCGACGACGCCGACCACUAAAAUAUUCGUUGGUAACUUGACGGACAAGACGCGCGCGCCCGAAGUUCGCGAGCUGUUUCAGAAGUACGGCGCGGUGGUGGAAUGCGAUAUUGUGCGUAACUACGGGUUCGUGCACCUGGACGCGACGGGCGACGUGAACGAGGCUAUCAAAGAGCUGAACGGCAUGAUGGUGGACGGGCAGCCGAUGAAGGUGCAAAUGUCGACGUCGCGCGUACGCCAGCGGCCCGGCAUGGGCGACCCCGAGCAGUGCUACCGCUGCGGCCGCGGCGGCCACUGGUCCAAGGAGUGCCCCAAGGCGAUGGGGCCGGAUCGCAACGGUUUCCGCGACCGCGCCUUCGGCCGCGACCCCUACCCGCCUCCGCCGCCACCGCCGUUCCUCCGCGAUCGCAUGAUGGGAGGAUUUGGGGAUCCCUAUGAUGGCUACUACGACCGCUCCCGCUUUGACUCGCCCCGGGACCUGUUUGAGCGUCGCUACCCCGUGGGAGGGUCCCGUGACCUAGGGCUGGGCGCGUCCCGCGCGCGCGGUGACUUCGCGUCGCCGCCGCUGCGCCGCGAGCCGAUGCCGCCGAUGCCGAGCCUCCCGCCGAUGCGCUCCAGCAUGGGAUCUAUGAGGUCGUCGUAUGAUGAUAUGUUCAGCCGAAGGAGCCCCCCGCGAGGACCACAAAUGUCCCGCGGGAUGUACGAGGACUUUAGCCGUGAUACAUUUGAUGACAGAAGGCCUGGAAUGCGUGGACCAUCUCCGUCUAGAAGAUACGCGCCCUACUAAGAACACCCCAUAAAUUAAGACGUGAACAGUCGGUCCACUCCGUCUUAAAGGAAUUUGACUGUCCAGCAGAAGGAUUUUUAUAGACUUAUAAUUAUGGUUAAGUAAGAGUGAAUGACGAAGCUAUUUGCAUAGCUGUGACUGAACGAAUGUGUUAAUGCUAGGAAUUGUGACGGUAUGUACAUAAAGCGGAAUAAAUAUAAAUUUAAGUACA